GCGACCUUGUGCUGGCACUCACCGCAGAAGAACUGCAGGUCUGGGCCAGUGCGGAGGGUCUCAAGGGCGUGACUGUGCUGAUGCUCAAGCUGCGCCUACAAGGCAUCUGCGGACUUUCGAGAUUCCGACAGAGGAUCCUGGCGCGCAGCGCAGUGCUGCACGACGUCAUCCAUGUGCAGGCGCCCGGAGAGCUGCAGCUGGCACGCCUCCCUUUUGCAGAGGCCUCCAAGACAGAGAUCGCUGCGCUCCUCCUGGCGUGCCAUGAAGAGGACUUCGAUCUCGUGGACGAAAUCCUCCACAGGCCUCAAAAUCCAGAUCUCAGCAACGACAGGGGCUUAACGGCAUUGGUCGCUGCAACAGAAGUUGGCAAUGCAGACAUCGCCACCCUCCUGCUGGAGGCCAACGCGGACAAGAACUUGGUGGACAGUUUCGGAGCCACUGCUCUUUCCGUUGCAUGCGAAGGACGAUUUACACAGGUCGCGAACGUCUUGAUCGAGGCUCGUGCAGAUGUCAACAAGGCCAAGCUUCAGGGCGAAGCGCCCUUGCUGACGGCCUGCCGGAAUGGUGUGCAAGCCAUUGUUGAGAUGCUGCUGCGGGCCAGAGCCAACUUGAACCAGGUGAAUGACAACGGUGAGAGCCCGCUCUACCAUGCUGCGAAACAAGGUCAGUGGGGUUGUGCCCGCAUUCUAUUGGAAGCUGGAGCACAGGCGGAUCUUUGCAGCUCCAACGGGAAGCAUUCGGGUGGCACGCCGCUCUUUAUAGCUUCUUCCAUCGGCUCGCUUCAGAUCGUGGACUUACUCCUGCGUUUCCGAGCGGACACAGAGAAGGCCACCGACGCAGGAAGCACUCCGCUAGGAGUAGCGUUUGACAUCAACCGCCUGGAUGUGGUAAAGCUGCUCUUGGGGGCCGGUGCUGGCAAGAAGAUGAGCCGACCAGCCAGCAUCGUUCUGGACUUUGCGGCGAGAGCGCGGCCUAAGGAUCGUCUGCUUUGUGCUGCAGCUCGGGUGGGAGACCUUGAG